UAGCACAUGAUUUGGUUGUGAUUGAAUAAUCUUCAAUCUCAAUAAUUUUCCGGUAGGGGACAUCAGAUGGGCAUUUAUGUAAAACAAACCCGUCCUACCAAGAUAAAGAGCAGAACCAGUAUCUAGGAUUUCACUGAGAUUUUGAACUUCGAGAUACAGAGCGAAUGGCUUCCCAAGAUCAUCAUUCCCAUGACCAUGCUCACGAUCAUGCUCACGAUCAUCACCACCAUCAUACCCAUGAGGGACCUCACGAUGGUUCAACAUCAUGGGUAGGUGCUGAUGGUAAAGUGUAUCAUAGCCAUGAUGGACUGGCACCACACUCACAUGAACCCAUUUACUCACCUGGGUAUUUUAGCAGAAGAGCUCCUCCCCUUUCCAACAGAGAUUUCAAUGAGCGAGCUUUCACUGUUGGCAUUGGUGGGCCGGUCGGAACUGGGAAAACAGCUUUAAUGCUGGCAUUAUGCAAACUCUUGCGUGACAAGUACAGUCUUGCUGCAGUGACAAAUGAUAUAUUCACAAAAGAGGAUGGAGAGUUCCUGAUAAAAAAUGGAGCACUUCCUGAGGAAAGAAUACGCGCUGUUGAAACAGGAGGAUGUCCACAUGCUGCAAUCCGUGAAGAUAUCAGUAUUAAUCUUGGACCUCUGGAAGAGCUGUCUAACUUGUUCAAAGCAGACAUACUCCUCUGUGAAUCUGGAGGAGAUAAUUUAGCUGCUAACUUCAGUAGGGAGUUGGCUGACUUCAUUGUUUACAUAAUUGAUGUCUCUGGUGGUGAUAAGAUACCUCGUAAAGGUGGUCCAGGCAUUACACAAGCUGACCUUCUGGUAAUAAACAAGACCGAUAUUGCAAAAGCAGUUGGUGCUGACUUGGCAGUCAUGGAGCGAGAUGCACUUCGGAUGCGGGAUGGAGGACCCUUUGUGUUUGCUCAGGUGAAGCAUGGUCAUGGUGUAGAGGAAAUAGUAACCCACAUUUUACUAGCUUGGGAAGCAGCAACAGGGAAGAAACGUCACUGAACCCUUUUAAUGCAUGGAUGUCUGUAACCAAUAUAUGAAUUAAUUUGCUUGAUUUUAAUUAUGCACAUUGAUAGUCCUUGGGUUUUAACUUAAGUUGUUCAAAACUAAAAAAAGACUGUAAACCCUGUUUAUAUUCGUCACACUGUGUACUUAAGAAUAGAGAUCCAAGGUAUAUGUGAGUGUACAUGUUGUGCCCCUUGACCUGAAGGGUCUUUAUCAAUGUGGUUACCAUUGGGAGUUUUGACACACCUACAGUGGAUGUCUCUCAAACUAUAUAAAGAUGUACUUAAUUUA